AUGGCUACCAACGGGGACUCUGGUCGAGCGUCGUCGGUCGCAUCGAAUUCAGGCAGCUUGGUGGACGCAUCGGGAUACAAGUACUCGGAGAAAGAUGCGAAGCCUACGAAGAUCAAAUUGAGGAAGUCGGUCAAGUCGGCCAAGGCGAAGAAGGCUGCGGCGGAAGCGCCUGGCUCGCCCGGCUCGUCGCCCAUACUCCCCGACAUCGAUGAGAAGACCAUGGCGGCCUUUCCGACAGGAAAGCCUCGCGAGGAAGAUCAUUUGGAGACAGUGAUAUGCAAGACGUGCAAGAGGCCGGUCCUCAAGCAGAAUGCGGUCGAGCAUAUCCGCGGCUGCAUCAGGGCGAAACAGGAGAAGGCCCGGCGGAAAAAAGAGGCGCGCGAUGCGGCGAAUCGGGCCAAGGAGAAGGAUAAAGACGGCAACGAGGAUGCCGCGGGCGACGGCGACGAUUCCAUGAAGGCUCAGAAGGGCGCAAAGAAGAGUGCAGUCAAGGGGAUGGCGGAUGAUGGAACGAAAAAGGGCAAGAAGCGCAAGGCCGAGGGUGAGGAGGAUAAGGAACCGAAGAAGAAGAAGAAGAAGGACGAGCCGAAGCCCAAGGCGCCUAAGCCAAAGGGUCCCGUUGAUGUCGAGAAGCAGUGUGGUGUCGUUCUGCCGAAUGGUGCUCAGUGUGCGCGGUCAUUGACGUGCAAGAGUCACUCAAUGGGUGCGAAGCGUGCGGUGCCUGGCCGCUCUCUGCCAUAUGAUAUGUUGCUCCAGGCAUACCAAAAGAAGAACCAGGCUCGACAGCAAAUGCGGUUUGUGGAUAGAGCUGACCAUCUUGCGCCUACAGAGGCGGCCAUUGAUGCGAAUGCUCCUCUUCAGGACGAUUUGGAGAACAACGGUCCUGUCGAUUCAGACGAAGAAAAAGACGCGGUCAUGGCAGCGAUUCUCCGCUCACGCCCAGAGCCACUCGUCACUCACCCGUUGAUCUCAACCAAGAAGAAGUACAAGUACGUACGCAUCAAGGAGAUGCUGUCCCAUGCCCUGGGUGGAGCCCGCGGCGGUGGGCUCUUCUCGAGCGGCGACAUAACCCCAACCAUCGAUGGCAAUAUAUUUCAGCCGAUGGAUGACAUGCCCUUGGCAUCCCCUACCUCUGUGACGGCGUCAGAGAACGCACCGGAUGCGGCAAAGCCGACGCCUGCACAAGCAGCAAAGAAGCUGCCUGUGGCGGCGACUUCUUGA